UUGAUUUCCCCUCUCCCUCUCUCUCUCUGUGAAAUCAAACCAGUCCUUUCACUCUCACUCUCUCUCUCUCUCCCUCCCUCUCUGUCCCUCUCUCUAUCUAGGGUUUUGAGUUGAGUCAUGGCGUCCUCUUCGUCUGAACCGGCGCUGAAAGCGGAGACUGGAAGCGGCAGCGGCAGCGGAGAACCCUCCGAAGGCGGUGGCGCGGUUAUGAACGAUCAGAUAUUGCUCUAUAGGGGAGUGAAGAAGGCUAAGAAAGAGAGAGGGUGUACGGCCAAGGAGCGAAUCAGCAAGAUGCCCCCUUGUGCCGCCGGCAAGCGCAGCUCCAUUUACCGAGGCGUCACAAGGCAUAGAUGGACUGGUCGUUAUGAAGCUCACCUUUGGGAUAAAAGCACCUGGAACCAAAAUCAGAACAAGAAGGGAAAGCAAGUUUACUUAGGUGCUUAUGAUGAUGAGGAGGCUGCAGCCAGAGCUUAUGAUCUUGCAGCCUUGAAAUACUGGGGCCCAGGGACCCUCAUCAAUUUUCCAGUCACGGAUUAUACAAGAGAUCUGGAAGAGAUGCAGAAUGUCUCAAGAGAGGAAUACCUUGCAUCUCUAAGAAGGAAGAGUAGUGGUUUCUCAAGAGGAAUCUCCAAAUAUCGUGGACUUCCCAGUAGAUGGGACCCAUCGCUUCGAAUGCCUGGACCUGAUUACUUGAACAGCAUAAAAUAUGGUACAGGGGAAGAUGCAGCAACAGAAAGUGACUAUGCUGCUGGUUUUUGCAUUGAUAGAAAGAUUGAUCUGACGGCUUACAUCAAGUGGUGGGGCCCCAGCAAAAGCCGUCAAUCGGAUUCUCUCACAAAAUCUUCAGAGGAAACAAAACAUGGUCAUUCUGAUGAUAUUGGCAGUGAACUUAAAAUAUUGGAGUGGGUGGUCCAGCCCACUGAACCCUACCAGAUGCCCAAAUUGGGCGUUUUCCACGAAGCAAAGAACAAAGGCUCUGCAUUGUCAGCCAUGAGCAUAUUGUCACGGUCUGCUGCCUACAAGAGUUUACAAGAGAAAGCAUCAAAGAAGCAAGAGAAGCACACCGACAACGAUGAGAAUGAAAAUAAAUGCAAUAUCAACAAAAAAGCCUAUGGCAAGGCAAUUGAUAAAUCAAGUCAUGAUGGAAGAAGUGAGGGAGUUGGGGUUGCACUCGGCACCAGUGGGGGACUGCCUCUUCAGAGAAAUAUAUACCCAAUGCCUCCUUUUUUGUCUGCACCACUUCUGACCAACUACAAUACCAUCGAUCCCUUAUCAGAUCCCAUUCUUUGGACAACACUGGUUCCUGUUCUUCCUGCCGGACUUUCUCGUACCAAUGAGGUUACAAAGACGGAGUCCAGUUCAAACUAUACCUACUUCCAGCAGGAGGAAUAACAAUCUGUUCUGCUAUCAUGGCAACAGGUUGGGAGGAAUUUCUUGGUUUGAGCUCAUCGAUGAACAAAGAAAAUUAUCAACAUCUGAGACUGGCACGAUGAUGAGAAGAUACUAUCUAUGGUUGCAUGCUUGUACUGGAUUGCUAGGUUUUGAAGAUUGAGCUAUGCAUCAGAAUGCACGGCAAGAAAUUCUCAUCCUCUUAUUUCAGAGCACAGAGCAUAUGUACUAUAUCACAACCAAGUUGACAAGGUUUGUUUCUUUGAAAAUAGUUAAAGUAUGUUACAUAGGAAACCAAGGAUCAACACUUUGUGAAUAUACACAUGUUAAGUUGAAAAUUGGAGCCAAGUACUAGGUGCCCUGAUAGUUGGUAAAAUACCAUGCUCUAUAUGAAGGGUGGACUAGAUGAUCUGGGCUUUUUGUAAUGCUAUCUACGAAUUCGCUCAUCAAAGUUCUUUUAGUGAGAGCCUAGAACAUUGAAUAUUUCA